AUGCUGUCCCGGGCGUGUAGACUUAUGUCGAAGAAUUCUCUCAAUGGGAGAGCUGUUUGUGUGCAGGAAGCAUUGGCAGCAAACUGCUACCAACGAACGCGAGAUUAUCACAUUGCGUCGGGAAAUGUCGGUUUGCAUAGGUCAGCUACCAAACCAUCCACAUUGUUAAAUACGAAAUUCUCCACCAUUACACCGAUUACGACUACAGUGUUGGUGAGAAAUCUCAGCACAGCAGAUGGAGAUAAAACGGCCCUGCUGGACACUAUCCCGGAACCACCAGCGAUUCCACAAGCUGCACCGGAGAUUGCCGACAUCGUAUCCGGUACGGAACCAGCUUUUGCCACCCUUGGUUUGGGUGGCUGGACGCCGGUCGGUAUUGUGCAAAACUGUAUGGAAUUCCUGCACAUUGGGCUCGACCUACCGUGGUGGGGUUGUAUAGCAAUCGGAACGGUUGUCGUACGAACGGUGCUGUUCCCGCUGGUCAUUGCAUCACAGCGCAAUGCGGCUAAAAUGAACAACCACAUGCCCCAGCUGCAGGUGCUGCAGAUGAAAAUGACCGAAGCCCGCCAAGCAGGGAAUGCCAUCGAUUCGGCACGCUACGGUCAGGAAAUGGUACUGUUCAUGAAGGAGAAAAAGCUGAACCCACUGAAAAACAUGCUGGUACCACUCGCUCAGGCACCGAUCUUCAUUUCCUUCUUCAUGGGACUGCGUGAAAUGGCAAACACGCCAGUCGAAUCUAUGCGCGAUGGCGGAUUGUUUUGGUUUACGGAUUUAACGAUUUGUGAUCAAUUCUAUGCGCUACCGAUCAUCACCAGCGCUACACUGUUUCUAACGAUUGAGCUGGGUACGGAUAGUGCACGAAUGUCGGCAGCAAAUAUGCAAACGGCCAAGUACAUCCUGCGUGCACUGCCGUUAUUUAUCUUCCCGUUCACCAUUAACUUCCCGGGCGCGAUCCUGUGCUAUUGGGCGUGCAGUAACUUCUUCUCCCUGCUUCAAGUCGGCUUUCUGCGGAUACCGAAAGUGCGAGAUUUCUUCAAAAUCGAUCGUAUCGUUACACACAGGCCAGAGACGCUUCCCAUCAAAAAGAAGGGAUUCACAGAAGGCAUCAAGGAAUCCUGGACGAACAUGAAAAUAAGCAAAGAGCUAGAAGAACGUGCCCGGGUCGAUGAGAUUCGUUUCCAAAAGGCUGGCAAAGGCCCUUUGGUGAAGACGUACAAAUACGAUCCCACUGCCCCGCGAACAGGCGCGCCCAAUGCGGUUAAUGCGAAGAAACGGUAA